AUGGCCCUCGCAUCCGCGCAUGUCCGCAUCGCGCGGCCCACCAACGACAUCCACGCCCUGCUGCCGUUCUACGUCGACGGCCUGGGCUUCUCUGAGCUCUUCCGCUUCAAUGGGCACGACGGGUUUGACGGCGUGAUGCUGGGCCUGGCGCAGGCGGGCUACCACCUCGAGUUCACAGCCAAAGCGGGCCACGACGCCGGCCGCGCGCCCACCCAGGACAACCUGCUCGUCUUUUACCUGGCCGACGCGGCGGUGUUUGACACGGCCGUGGCGCGCUUGACGGCGGCCGGCUUCCCGCCCGUCCCGGCCUUCAACCCGUAUUGGGAUGCGUGCGGUAAGACCUUUGAGGACCCGGACGGCUACCGAGUUGUGCUGGUGAAGGGACCGUCGCCAUUUUGA